AUGAAGCGACGGCUCGGGUUGAAGGAGACGCUCCACGAGCAACAAUUAUAUAGAUCAAUAACGAAUACCACUAUGUACAACAAACAACGAGUCAACAGACAGUCACGUGUUUAUGGAGUGAUGGAGAUGUAUGAAAGACUCGCUGACCGCUGUUGGGACACGGAGCACUCACCAUUAAUAUAUGUGGAGGAUGACUUAAAUGACAAUGACAAUAUUUUAUUGACCUCAUUAUUACCACGGGACUGUUUACUACAUCAAACAGAAAAGAAUAAUUCACAUAAUAUGAUAACAAAUAAAGAAAGCGAGGACUCGUAA